AGUGCCGCUGUGGCCGGUGCCGGGUCGGGGCGGGCCCGGCGGGGCCAUGGCGGGCACGGCCGGCUGAGGGGACCGGGGCACCGGGCGCUCCGAGCCGGCCGCGGGGCUCGGGGAGCGGCCACAAACCGGCUCCCCCGGCGCGGGGAUCCUCCGCCGCGAGCCAUGGCGGCGGCGGCGGCGGCGGGUUCCAACUGGGGCCUGAUCAUGAACGUGGUGAACAGCAUCGUGGGGGUGAGCGUGCUCACCGUGCCCUUCUGCUUCCGACAGUGUGGGAUCCUCCUGGGGGCCGUGCUGCUGAUCUUCUGCUCGUGGAUGACCCACCAGUCCUGCAUGUUCCUGGUGAAGUCGGCCAACCUCAGCAAGCGCAGGACCUACCCCGGCCUCGCAUUUCAUGCCUAUGGAAAAGCAGGAAAAAUGUUGGUGGAAACAAGCAUGAUUGGGCUGAUGCUGGGCACUUGCAUCGCGUUCUACGUCGUCAUCGGCGAUUUGGGCUCCAACUUCUUUGCCCAGAUGCUCGGAUUGCAGGUGUCGGGCCUGUUCCGCAUUGUGCUGCUCUUCGCUGUCUCGCUGUGCAUUGUCCUGCCCCUGAGCCUGCAGAGGAACAUGAUGGCCUCCAUCCAGUCCUUCAGUGCCAUGGCUCUCAUCUUCUACAGCGUGUUCAUGUUUGUGGUCGUGGUGUCCUCCUUCAAUCACGGGCUCUUCAGCGGGCAGUGGCUGCGGCGAGUCAGUUACAUGCGCUGGGAGGGCAUUUUCCGCUGCAUCCCCAUCUUUGGAAUGUCCUUUGCCUGCCAGUCUCAGGUCUUGCCUACUUACGACAGCUUGGAUGAGCCGUCUGUCAAAAUCAUGAGCUCCAUAUUUGCUUCUUCCUUAAACGUGGUCACCACCUUUUACAUCAUGGUGGGCUUCUUUGGCUACGUGAGUUACACCGAGGCCAUUGCUGGGAACGUCCUGAUGAACUUCCCUUCCAACGUGGUGACGGAGAUGAUCCGAGUGGGAUUCAUGAUGUCAGUGGCUGUGGGGUUCCCCAUGAUGAUCCUGCCCUGCAGACAGGCACUGAACACCCUGCUCUUUGAGCAGCAGCAGAAGGACGGCACCUUCGCUGCUGGGGGCUACAUGCCCCCGCUCCGCUUCAAAGCCCUGACGCUGGCUGUUGUGUUUGGAACCAUGGUCGGAGGCAUCAUGAUCCCGAAUGUGGAAACAGUCCUGGGCCUGACAGGUGCGACCAUGGGAAGCCUCAUUUGUUUCAUCUGCCCAGCUCUUAUUUACAAGAAGAUCCACAAGAAUGCGCUUUGUUCACAGAUUAUCCUGUGGAUUGGGCUGGGCAUGCUGGUGAUCAGCACCUACACCACCCUGUCUUCCACCAAGGACACCCCUGUGAGGACGGAAGCAAUGGGCUUGGAGCACCUGGACAGAGAGGAGAACAGAAUUGACCAGGAUUCAGUCAAACUUCCAGAGCAGCACCCAGUGGUGGAGGAGCCCGAGGAUGACCGUGAUAAACCCAAAGUGCCUGAGAAGGAGGAGAUGGAGCAGCCACAGAUCAAGGUGCCCGUGCAGGUGCCCAAGAGGGAGGAGGAGAGAGGAAAGGUGGAAGAGAAAGUGCAGCUGGACCGUCCUGAUCAAGGGAUUGCUGUGCCCGUGGGGGAGGCUCAUCGCCACGAGCCCCCAGUCCCACAUGAUGAGGUGGUCGUGGACAUGGGGCGGGAGCGGGAGGAAUCCAGCGAGAACAAAGUGGCUCCCGGAGCAGCCAACGACCGUCUGCUGGAGGAGCCAGCCAGGCUGAAGCCCCAGAAGGAGGCACUGGGCCCUAAACAAGAGAAGGAAGUGGUUGCUGAGAACCAGCCACGGGGAGGGACCGGUGGGCCCGUCCCAAACCUGGAGAAGGCCCCGGAGGCAGCGGUGCAGCAGGGGGCAAGGCCGCCCUACAAGGAGCUGCAGCCAGGGGAAGCCAAGCUGGAAGCCAAGGCACAGGCAGCCGUGCUGGAUGGUGACACUGCCGAGGCUGCUAAGCAGGACCUGUCACAGCUCCAGCUCCCCAGGAAAGCAGAGGAGGCUGCAAAGUCCGUGGAGAAGGAAGCAGACCCUGGUGAGAAGCAGGAGCUGCCCCUCCCGGAGAGAGCAGAACUGCUGGAGAACCAGAACGCUGAGGAGAAGCAGGAGAAGGCAGGGGAAGCAGGGCCAGCAAAACUGCUGGACCACAACGUGCUGCUGCAGGUGAUCAAGGAGCAGCAGGUGCAGCACAAGCAGCUCCUGGACCAGCAGGCAAAGCUGCUGGCAGUGAUUGAGGAGCAGCACAAGGAGAUCCACCAGCAGCGGCAGGAGGAGGGGGCAGAGGAGAAGCCAAAGCCAGCAGAAGCACAGCUGGAGCCUGCCGUGCCCCUCUCCAGGAGCAGGGAGGACGAGGGCCCCGGAGCCAAGGGAGACACGGCUGGGAAGGUGCUGGGCAGGGAGCAGCCAGGCCAGCAGCACCCCGAUUCCACCAAGCAGCACAGGGACACGGUGGGCAAGCUGGAAGAGGUUGGGCAGAGGCGUGACAUUCCUGUGGCUGCUCCCAAGGAGCGGAAGGUGCCGCUGCAAGAGAAUGACAGAGCUGUUAAGAAUCCCGUGGAGAACCGGGAUCCCCUCCACGGGGAUGGCCAGCGUGUUCCAGCAGCCAGAAACCACCUGGAGAAAAAGGCCUUGGCAGAGGAUUUGGGAGGAGAACGUGAAGCCAAAGCUGGAAGAGAUGUCCACCAGAAGAAGAAUUUCCUGAAACCCGUGGAAGCGGCUACAGCUCCCAUCCAAAGAGAACAGCCGGGGGCUGCCAAAGUUCAGGGAGUAGCAGGAAAGAGUUUGGAAAGAGACUCAGGAACAGACCUUAAAGCCAAAACUCUGAGUCAGGUGGAGCCCAAGGAGCUGGCAGCGGUGCCGGACUCUUCCAGUAACAGGAAUGUGGCAGUGAGGGAGCAGCACCCCCGGGAGAGGGAGCGGCAGAGAGGGGCGCAGGCCGAGGGAGCGGGCGGGCGGCAGCGGGACCCGCCCGCCCGCGGGCACGGGAAGGAGGAGGAGCCCCGGGAGGAGCCGGGGGCCCGGCAGGGCCGUGGGGGUCCCUCCAACGGCGCCCCUCAGGAUGCUCCAGCAGGGAAGUCUGAGGACGGAGCGGCCGCCCCCAGGGAUCCGGAGCGCGACGUGAAACCCAACCGGGAGCUGAAGCUGCAGGGGGGCCUGGACCUGCGCCGCAGGAGACGCGACCUGCUGCCUCCCGAGCAGGAGGAGGAGGGUGGGGAGGAGGGGGCGGCUGCAGCAGGGGCGGGGGGGGUCCUGAUCGGGCUGAACCCCCUUCCCGACGUGAAGGUGAACGACCUGCGGAGCGCGCUGGAGACGCGGCUGAGCCGGGUGGCCGAGGGCGCGCAGCACCUGGCGCGCAGCCGCCACAUCCAGCAGGUGACACAGGACAGGAGCCCCUGACGGCCUGGAGAGAGCUGAGCCAGCUGCACUUUGCUGGACGCAGUGCUGGGAUCCACAGGAUCUUCAGCAGCACCCCCAGCGUGUGCCUGCGGGCGGCCGAGGAGAUGGUGGCACUGGAAGUGACAUUCCUGCUGUCCCCUGCCUUCCAGAGCUGCCAUCCACCUCGGCUCCCUGCCAGGCCGCUGCUCUGAGGACCUUUUCCAGCAUCUCAUUCACAUCCAAUUGCCUUCUCCAACCAUCUCCCAACUCCUCUCAGAAGCAGGAAGGGGCUGCAUGGCCCCGCUGUGCCGAGGGGACCUGGGAUCCACCCACACCUCGGGAAGGGCUUCGCCCAGAGAAGCCGUGAGCUGAGGAGCAGCAGAGGCAGCUCCAGUGCUGGGCUGCGAGCAGAGCCGCCUUUGUUUGGGCCACAGUGGUGGUUUAGGAACCUCAUUUAGUAGAAACGCUGCCUUAACUGGGCACAGCUCCUGUUGUGCUGCCUCUCUCCCAGGGAUGGGGUUCCUUGGCCACACACCGGGGUCACACAGAGCUCUGCCCCACUGCCCUCCCUGGGUGCUCCUCUCUGUGCUCUCCAGCUCCACUUCCCCUCUCAAAAGUGCAUUAAGAAGCUCAACUUCCCCCCAAGCCAGCUUGAUUCUUCUGCCAGAGGUGAGUGGUCUGGGAGAAAGCGUGGCAGAGCCGGGUGGAUCCAGGGGCUCCACCUCCCUCUGCCUGUGUUCCCUGUGCUCUUCCCAGCCUCCCCCAGCCCUGUUCUGCAUCCAGACAGGUCCCUGCUCCACCUCUGGGAAUUUGGUGAGUGAGGAAGGGAGGAGCUUCCCCAGAGCUCUGUGUUGUUUCAGGCUCCCAGUGAUUCAUCCCUUGGGUUUUUUUGGGUUUUGUGUUUUUACACCCUGACCUGUGAAUGUACGGAAUUCAAUCCCAAAGCUCUCCCAGACCGGCUGAGAAUUCCCAGCCUGGAGCCCUCAGACCUCAUCACUGUGGUGGGUUUUAUAUCCCGACCUCCAAAUGUCUUUGGCAACCUCGAGUCUGUGUCCAGUGGGACCCUGCAGAGCUGGGACGGGGUGGGACUGUCCCUGCCUGGUGCUCCCGGGGUGUCACAACCCAGAGGGACAGGGAGCGACCUGGGGACUCCUUUGGGAAGAGCCCCGGGAACACUGUGGCCUUAAACCCCCCGAACCCAAUGAGCUUCUCCAUGAACGCUGUCCAAGCACAAGCAGCAGGGCCGGGAGGCAGGGCGGGCUCUGGAGCAGCUCCAGGGCUGCCCCGGGGAGGGGAUCCGCCUGUUUGUUGUUCUCUGUGUGAACAGAAGGGACCAAAGAUGCUCCUGGCAUCAUUCCUGCUCCUGGGAAUGGCGUGGGCACCCCGGGCCGGGCUGGCAGCUGCCUUGUCCCGCCGGGACCGGCUCCCCCGGGGCGGGUGGAACGCUGGCACGGAGAGCCCGGAGCGCGGGCCGAGCCCAUCAAUAAAAAAAGCUGAAGCA